AUGUCCAAGGGACUUACCACAUUACAAUUCUUCUCCCUCACCUCUGCUCCCUUAUUGCUGCUCCCUCAUGUUUGCUCCCUCAUGUCUGCUCCCUCAUGUCUGCUCCCUUAUGUCUGCUCCCUCAUGUUUGCUCCCUCAUGUCUGCUCCCUCAUGUCUGCUCCCUCAUGUCUGCUCCCUCAUGUCUGCUCCCUCAUGUCUGCUCCCUCAUGUCUGCUCCCUCAUGUCUGCUCCCUCAUGUCUGCUCCCUCAUGUCUGCUCCCUCAUGUCUGCUCCCUCAUGUCUGCUCCCUCAUGUUUGCUCCCUCAUGUCUGCUCCCUCAUGUCUGCUCCCUCAUGUCUGCUCCCUCAUGUCUGCUCCCUCAUGUCUGCUCCCUCAUGUCUGCUCCCUCAUGUCUGCUCCCUCAUGUCUGCUCCCUCAUGUCUGCUCCCUCAUGUCUGCUCCCUCAUGUCUGCUCCCUCAUGUCUGCUCCCUCAUGUCUGCUCCCUCAUGUCUGCUCCCUCAUGUCUGCUCCCUCAUGUCUGCUCCCUCAUGUCUGCUCCCUCAUGUCUGCUCCCUCAUGUUUGCUCCCUCAUGUCUGCUCCCUCAUGUCUGCUCCCUCAUGUCUGCUCCCUCAUGUCUGCUCCCUCAUGUUUGCUCCCUCAUGUCUGCUCCCUCAUGUCUGCUCCCUCAUGUCUGCUCCCUCAUGUCUGCUCCCUCAUGUCUGCUCCCUCAUGUCUGCUCCCUCAUGUCUGCUCCCUCAUGUCUGCUCCCUCAUGUCUGCUCCCUCAUGUCUGCUCCCUCAUGUCUGCUCCCUCUUUGGCAGAUCAACAACGUAUGAUGAGAUGAAGGAUUGGCAAGAGAGUCGAAGGCAAGUACAGGCCGCUAGUGAAGAAGGCAAGUAA